GUAGCGGAUCAGCUGACCUGUAAGGUCUGUUUGUCGGUAGGACCAGCUAGCAGAAGCGGCGCAGAAUAACGGCGUCUUAUUUGUCUGAACUGGCUGCAGGAGGAACCGUAUUCGUGAAAGCCGUCGGUCUGUCGGACAUGUCCCAGUAGGACGUCAGCGUCUGCAGCAUCAUGUCGGGGAACAACCUGGUCCUGCCCAUCGUGCUGUGGGGCCGCACGGCGCCCACCCACUGCAUCAGCAGCUUACUGGUGAUGGACGACUUCAGCACCAUCAUCACCGGCUGCCAUGACGGUCAGAUCUGCCUGUGGGACAUGACACCUGAGCUGCAGAUCUGUCCCAGAGCGAUGCUGUUCGGCCACACGGCCUCCAUCACCUGCCUGUCUAAAGCCAGCGCCAGCAGCGACAAGCAGUACAUCGUCAGCGCCUCAGAGAGCGGGGAGAUGUGUCUGUGGGACGUAAACGACGGGCGCUGUAUCGAGUUCACCAAGCUGGCCUGCGCUCACACCGGGAUUCAGUUCUACCAGUUCACCAUCGGUACGCAGAAGGAGGGCCGCCUGCUGUGUAACGGACAUUACCCAGAGAUCCUUGUGGUUGACGCCACCAGCCUGGAGGUUCUCUACUCUCUGGUCUCUAAGAUCUCUCCUGAUUGGAUCAGCUCCAUGAGCAUCAUCCGCUCCCAUCGGACCCAAGAGGACACGGUGGUGGCAGUAUCAGUGACGGGGAUUUUGAAGGUGUGGAUGAUAACAGCUGAGGUCAGCAAGAUGCAGGAUCUGGACCCGGUCUUUGAGGAAGAGUCCAAGCCCAUCUACUGCCAGGGCUGCCAGAGCAUCUCCUUCUGCAGCUUCACCCAGAGCAGCUUGCUGGUGGUCUGCUCCAAGUACUGGAGGGUGUUCGAUGCAGGAGAUUACUCUCUGCUCUGCUCCGUGCCCAGCGACAGCGACCAGUCCUGGACCGGCGGUGAGUUCAUCUCAGCGGAUAAAGUCAUCAUCUGGACCGAAGACGGCUGCAGCUACAUCUACAAGCUGCCGGCCAGCUGCCAGUCCGCCAGCGAACAUUUCCGCACCGACGUUGGGCGAACCAAAGAAGGAUCGAUCCCCCCGCUGAUCUACAGCAUCGCUGAGCGCUCAGACAAACAGCUCCUCAUCUGUCCCCCGGUGACCCGGUUCUUCUUCGGCCGCCGGGAGCCGUUCCACAAGCUGCUGAUCCAGGGAGACUCGGCCGGCCGGCUGUCGCUGUGGAGCGUCCCGGACGCCACGCCGCCGCGGCCCGCCGCCACGCCAGCAGAUGAUGGUUCUGUUGCAGAGCUGCAGAUGUCGUCCACCAUCAGCCUGCAGGAGGCGUUCGAUAAGCUGACGCCCGUCUCCUCUGGGAUCAUCGACCAGCUGAGCGUCCUGCCCAGCAAGCAGCAGCCCAUCAAGGUUACGGCCAGCGUCUACAUCCCGUCUCAGGGCCGGCUGGUGUGCGGCCGGGAGGACGGCAGCAUCGUCCUGGUCCCCGCCACGCAGACGGCCAUCGUGCAGCUGCUGCAGGGGGAGCACAUGCUGCGGCGGGGCUGGCCGCCCCACCGGACCCUGCGGGGUCACCGGAACAAGGUGACCUGCGUCCUCUACCCGUACCAGGUGUCGCCCCGCUACGACCAGCGCUCCCUGGUGUCCGGAGGAGUGGACUUCUCCGUCAUCGUCUGGGACAUUUUCACCGGAGAGAUGAAGCACAUCUUCUGCGUUCAUGGAGGGGAAAUCAGCCAGCUGAUCGUCCCGCCGGAAAACUGCAGCACCCGCGUGCAGCACUGCGUUUGCUCCGUGGCCAGCGACCACUCCGUCGGCCUGCUCAGCCUGCGGGAGAGGAAGUGCAUCAUGCUGGCGUCCCGACACCUCUUCCCCAUCCAGGUCAUCAAGUGGCGGCCGGCCGACGACUACCUGGUGGUGGGAUGCUCCGACGGCUCCGUCUACGUCUGGCAGAUGGAUACAGGAGCUCUGGAUCGCUGCGUGAUGGGAAUCACGGCGGUGGAGAUCCUGAACGCCUGCGACGAGCUCGCCCCCGCCACCGUUGACGCCCUGAGCCACUCGGCGGUCAACCUGAAGCAGGCCAUGACGCGCCGCAGCCUGGCGGCGCUCAAGAACAUGGCGCAGCACAAACUGCAGACGCUGGCAACCAACCUGCUGGCUGCUGACAACGCCGACAAGGGUAAUUUGCCCAAAUACUCCCACAAUGCCCUGGUGGUCCAGGCGAUGAAGACCAACCUGACGGACCCCGACAUGCACGUUCUGUUCUUUGACGUUGAGGCGCUGAUCAUCCAGCUUCUGACGGAGGAGGCUCAGCGGCCGAACCCGACGCUGGUUUCCCCCGAGACGCUGCAGAAGAGCCAGGCGGGCGCCGACAAGGGCGGCUCCUUCCUGGCCAACAAAAUCUUCAAACAGGUGAAAGAGACGAUGAAGGAGACGAUCAAGGAGCACCUGCUGGACGAAGACGAGGAGGAGGAAGAGGAGAUGAGGAGGCGCGAGGAGAAGUCCAAGUCUCUGAGUCUGCUGGAGUACAACCUGACCAUGGACACGGCCAAGCUGUUCAUGUCCUGCCUGCACGCCUGGGGCCUCAACGAGCAGCUGGACGGCAUCUGCCUGGAGCGACUGGGCAUGCUCAGACCGCACUGCCCCAUCUCCUUCGGCCUGAUCUCCAGGGGCGGACACAUGUCCCUCAUGCUGCCCACCUUCAAGGAGUCUUUGCUGCGCCAGCUGUCCCUGGCUGCCGGCCUGAAGCUGACUCUGUCCGACAUCGUGGGGAAGGGGACGUACGGCGUGUCCAGGGCCGUCACCACGCAGCACCUGCUGUCGGCCAUUUCUCUGUCCAACACGCUGAUGGGCAUGACCAACGCCACCUUCGUAGGCGAGCACAUGAAGAAAGCCCCGGCCAGGCCCCCCAGACCAGGAGGAACCCCGGAGUCUCCUCGGAGGACGCCCGCCGCCCCCCCCCAGCCCUCCAACCCGGCGCUACAGGCCCAGAUCAAACAAGCUGCCAGCACUGCUGCUGCCGCUGCUGGGGCUCCAGGGGCCCCUGGGGUCCACCCUCAGGGGGCCCUUGGCUCUCAUAACAUCCCCUCAGUCAACGAAGGGUGGAGCCAGCUGGCCGCCAUGCACUGCGUGAUGCUGCCGGACCUCCUCGGCCUGGACAAGUACAGACCGCCUCUGCUGGAGAUGCUGGCCAGAAGAUGGCAGGACCGAUGUCUGGAGGUCCGGGAAGCGGCGCAGGCUCUCCUCCUGGCCGAGCUGAGGCGGAUCGGACAGUCCGGUCGGAAGGACACCAUCGAUGCCUGGGCUCUGUACCUGCCCCAGUAUGUGGACACGGUCAGCUCCCCUGGAACAGCAACAGAGACCGCGCCUCAAGCCCCGCCCCCUCCGGAGGCUCAGCCAGUGGAAACCAAGGCUCCAGAGGAGGAGAUGGACGUGACCGACGAUGACAUCACAGCAGGCUGCCUGUCCAACCUCCCGCCAAACGCCAAGAAGAUCUCCAACUCGUACGAGGAGCGGCGGAAGCAGGCCACCGCCAUCGUCCUGCUGGGCGUCAUCGGAGCCGAGUUCGGCGCCGAGAUCGAACCGCCGAAAGGUUCGGUGCGCGCUCGAGCCGGAGGAGCGGUGCCGGAAGGCUUCGGACCGACGAGCGGCGGCUCGUCCAACUACUCGCUGGCCAGACACACCUGUAAGGCGCUGACCUUCCUGCUGCUGCAGCCCCCCAGCCCCAAACUCCCCGCCCACAGCACCAUCCGCCGCACCGCCAUCGAUCUGAUCGGCCGUGGCUUCACCGUCUGGGAGCCGUACAUGGACGUGUCGGCGGUGCUCAUGGGGCUGCUGGAGCUGUGUGCCGACGCAGAGAAGCAGCUGGCUAACGUCAGCAUGGGUCUGCCCCUCAACCCUCCCGCUGACUCGGCGCGCUCCGCCCGCCACGCCCUGUCCCUCAUCGCCACCGCCCGCCCGCCGGCAUUCAUCACCACCAUCGCCCGCGAGGUUCACCGGCACAACGCGGCCCAGGCCAACUCCCAGUCCCAGCAGAACGUCCACACCACCACGCUGGCCCGGGCCAAGGCCGAGAUCCUCCGGGUCAUCGACAUCCUGAUCGAGAAGAUGCCCGGAGACGUGGUGGACCUGCUGGUCGAGGUGAUGGACAUCAUCAUGUACUGCAUCGAAGGCUCUCUGGUGAAGAAGAAAGGACUGCAGGAGUGUUUCCCCGCCAUCUGCAAGUUCUACAUGGUGGGUUACUGCGACCGCAGCCAUCGCAUCGCCGUCGGAGCGCGCCAAGGAUCUGUGGCGCUCUACGACGUUCGCACGGGAAAAUGUCAGAACAUCCACGGCCACAAAGGUCCGAUAACAGCCGUGUCGUUCGCGCCGGACGGCCGCUACCUGGCCACCUACUCCAACGCCGACAGCCACAUCUGCUUCUGGCAGAUGAACACCAGCCUGCUCGGCAGCAUCGGGAUGCUGAACUCGGCGCCUCAGCUUCGCUGCAUCAAGACCUACCAGGUUCCUCCGGUCCAGCCCGCCUCGCCCGGCUCCCAGAACCACCUGAAGCUGGCCCGCCUCAUCUGGACCUCCAACCGCAACGUCAUCCUGAUGGCCCACGACGGCAAGGAGCAUCGCUUCAUGGUGUGAUCGGGCCGGGCCCACAAACCCGGAGCCGAGCCACGGUUUGGGACCGGACACGGAUUCUGCUGAUGGUUCUGAUAAAAAAGAAACAAACACGUUUCUGAAUGUAGCUACGGAAGAAUAUUAGUGCCAGAAAAGAAUUCUGA